UGGUUUUAUUGGUAGUAAUAAAAUAAACAUAAUGUUUCACACACAGACCACUGGAAUCAAUAUUUUCUUGAUAUAAUUAUAAUUUUAUUGUUUUUCUAACAGCUUAUAAGCUUAUUUAAUCUAUUAAGAUAAUGCUUGGUGUAAAAUGGAUUGCCUACCUAUAAUCGUAUCUAUAGCUCACUCAGUUCUAGUGAAUGCACGUAGCCUGUGAGUAAAUAAUUAUCCAUGCUCCAUUGGUAGAUGCUGGUAAAUAUUUUUUCAUAUAUUUGUCAUCCUAUUUACUAUUAUCACAAAAUCAUCAUCAUUAAAAGUUGUUUUACAAUAAUAUAAACAACAAUGAAUAUUGGGGGUAUGAGAACAGAGUACAACCACAGGGAAAAUUUAUUCCUGGAAAAGGACAUUGAAGUUAAAGAUCCAUAUGUACUUUUUGAAAAAUGGUUCAGUUUAGUCAAAAACGAUCCCAGAACUGUUGAGCCAAAUGCUAUGUGCUUAGCAACAGCCAACAAGGAUGGUUGUCCUUCAGCCAGAUUUGUCCUUUUGAAAGGUUACAACAGGGAUGGAUUCAGAUUUUUUACCCAUUACACCAGCAGAAAAGGACAGGAAAUGGCUGAAAACCCCAAUGUGGCUCUUACAUUCUACUGGGAACAUUUUAGCAGAUCUGUGAGGAUUGAAGGUAUUGCAGAAAAGUUGCCUUUCUCAGAGGCAGACAAGUAUUUCAGCUCAAGACCUUAUCAAAGUCAAAUUGGUGCCUUGGUUAGUGACCAGAGUAAACCAAUUGAGAGCAGAGAUGUUAUGUCAGACAAAGAAAAGGUUUUGAAGGAGAAAUACAAAGAGGGGGAAGUACCCAGACCGCAAUUCUGGGGUGGUUACAAUGUGAGACCUCACACAAUAGAAUUCUGGCAAGGGCAAACUGACAGGAUACAUGAUAGAAUUAGGUUUCAGUUGAAAGAAAAAAAUAUAGAUGAUAAAUUUGUUAAUGAGGGUGAAAAUGGUUGGGUAUAUCAGAGAUUAGGACCUUAAAUAUAAAUCUAACAUUAUCAAUGUAA